AUGUUUGAAUUUUUGAAAAAUCUGAAACUUCCUAUCUGGAGUUCGAACGAACGAGUCCAAGAACCAAUUAAAAAACGAAAACGAAAGGAAACAAACGAAAAUUUAUCAAUGAAUAAUCAACAGAAAAAGAUCAAAAAUGAGCAAUUACAAACAUCUUCGGGUAUUUCUGCCAUCGCACGGCCGAAGAAGACCACCACGAAUAUCACUAAUUCUAUGAAGGAAAAACAACAAAAACCAACUCCAUCCGAAGAAUUGCAACAACGUAAGAAAGAUUUAACAACCAUACCGACGAAAUUAAAGCAGCCAGAAAUCAUAGAUUUAGAAAGCGAGGAGGAUGAAAUUACUCACGAAUACAAAUCACUAGAUUUGAAUUAUGUCAAGACUCACUCAGAAUCUAUUCACCCUCAUCCUUCCAAGCACACAAAUGAGGCAGUUAAGAGUGUUCCGCACAUACCAAUGGAAGUACCCUCUAUACCUGUAAAAACAACACCAACACAAAACAAGGAAAUACCACCUCCAGUGAUCAGACUUGGCCCACCUAAAUUGGUGUCAAAAUCUUCCAAAUAUAAAGCCAAGGCUGAGGAAGAUACAACUCUUUUGGACAACGAUUCUGUUGAAAGAAUUACGAAAGGCCUGCAGUCCUUGCUAACUUUACGAGAUAAGGUAGAAGAAACUAAAGUAACAAAGUCUUUCCUUGAACGAGUGACAAUGCAGAGGGCCUCUUCAAAGAUAUUAACCAGAUUAUGUGAAGAGCUAUUGACAGAAGAGGCCAAGAAAGCAUAUGACACAUUUCUUCCUCAAAAGAUUUAUGACAAGAUACUUUCAGAGAUAAUUUCAAACACCGUAGAAACAGAAAAAGAAUUUUUCCCACUCUCAAAGAAAGACGAGACAUUUGUCAACAAUAUUUUUGCUCAAAGAAAUAUCAACCGAGAUGAAGUUCUUGUGGACAAGUACAAAAUUGAUAUUACAUGGCAAAAGAUUCAAUGCUUAAAGCAUACAGACUGGCUCAACGAUGAAGUGAUUAACUUUUAUCUCAACAUGGUGAAAGAUAGAAAUGACAAAAAUCCAGAAAAAUAUCCAAAAAUUUACAUUUUUAACACGUUCUUUUAUGCCAAGCUAACAGAGCGCCAUUCCUACAAUUACGGUAACGUGAGGAGAUGGACACGAAAAAUUGACUUGUUAGAAUAUGACAAAAUAAUAAUUCCUAUUCACUUGAGCGUGCAUUGGACCCUAGCAGUGAUUAAUAUAAGAGACGAAAGAUUUGAAUACUAUGACUCCAUGGAUGGAAGACAAGCUGGUAUGAAUGUGUUGCACAAUUUGCAAAAAUACCUAAGUGAUGAGGUGUUGGACAAGAAGCAAGUUUCAUUGGAUACCAUGUCCUGGGAGAAAUAUAUUCCACAUACACCACAACAAGAGAAUGGAUCUGAUUGUGGAGUGUUCACAUGCAAAUUUGCCAAUUUCGUUGCCCAAGACAAACCUUUAACUUUCUCUCAAAAGCACAUGCCUUACUUUAGAAGAAGAAUGGUUGUUGAAAUUGUGAGGAGUAAAGAAAUACUCUAG